GGGAGAAUCAUGGGAACGCUACCUCGCUAGGAGAAAGCUAUCUUCCUCUUUUGUGUCAGUUUUUGGGUCUUUAACAUGAUUUACACAGAAGCUGUUUUGUUUUUAAACUUGCUGCUGUUUCUUCGUGUUGUUGCUCAGUCGGGGAAUGACGGACAGCGGCAGUGGCCCAUCCCCUACAGACGGUUUGAUCACCGCCCUGCUGUGGACUCCUACUGUGAAGCUCUCUACCCGUUCUGUCCCACUGGAGACGGAGAUGGACGGAUUCCUUACAUGAGAGACAGCGAUGUCAUCUCAGUGUAUCGACUGCAAACACCCGUUUGGGAAUUCAAGUAUGGAGAUUUACUGGGAAAACUCCACAUCAUGCAUGAUGCCAUCGGGUUCAGCAGCUCAGAAACGGGGUCCAAUUACACCAUGGAGUGGUAUGAGCUGUUUCAGCUGGGGAAUUGCACCUUCCCACACCUCAGACCGGAGAUGUACGCACCUUUCUGGUGCAACCAGGGAGCCGCCUGCUUCUUUGAAGGCAUCGAUGAUUUACACUGGUCCCAAAAUGGCACUUUGGAGAAAAUAGGAGAACUCACAGGGAACCAGUUCAAUGACAUGGCCCAGUGGGUCCAGGAUGACAACGAGACUGGGAUCUACUAUGAGACGUGGACAGUUCGCUCUGACCCCAGUCCAAACGCCACAGUGUGGUUCGAGUCUUACGACUGCUCGCAGUUUGUUCACCGCACAUACAGGAAACUGACUGAACUGGGAGCCAAACUGUCCAGCAGAUCCCAAACCAACUACACCAAAAUCUACCUGUACAGCGGAGAGCCCACCUACCUUGGCAACGAAAGCGCCAUUUUCGGACAGCCUGCUCUGAAGAAUCUGGCAGUGGACAUCCGGAAAUUUUACCACACGUUCAGACCACAUCAGUCGUUUGCAGACUUUGCCUUCAGUCUGCUGGAGGCUUAUAAAAAAGUCGUAUUGGACAAGAGCUUCUACCUCUACUACAACUUUGAGUACUGGCAUCUGCCGAUGAAGCCUCCAUAUGUGCAGAUUACAUACGAAGAAGUGCCUUUGCCUUAACUUAAAACUUUUAAUAGUGUUUUCAUCAAGGGUCGCAAAUAAUAGUUUUCAUUUUUGAUUAAUUUUUUUAAAUGUCAAAAAUGAUGUCCAAAAGCCAAAGAUAUUAACAAUAGUAAGAAACUGAGAAAGCUUAUCUUCAAAUUUCAGUUUAAAAUUAGAGCAUGUUUACUAUUUUUGCUCGAUGAGUGAUUUAAAAACAAUUAAACUUUUUUUAACCAGUGGACCAUGGCCUAACCACAGACUCUAUAGAAAGAUGGACGACACGCCCUCCACUUACCCCCGCUAUGCUGAAGUGAGGUUAAAAUAUUCGGGAUACAGGCGUUGCCAUCUUGUUAGUGUGAUGUCAUUGAGAGCCUGCAUCUGUGCAGUAGCGAUAUCUGUGGUGGGUUAGUUGUGGUAUAUACACAUUUGUGGUUGGAUUUUAAAUUCUGGUUAUGAGGUUGGGCGCAACAGAGCAAAAAAAAAAAAAGAGUGCUGAACUCGCGUCAUCACGGUGGUCUUACCAGGUUAUGAAUUUGUGUCCCUCAUCAGCCAAAAAAAAAAAAAAGAAAACAAUCUUAAUCUAUAGAGUGACUGAUAAAAUUUGAACAUUCACUAUCUAGUUGGUGGACCAAAGAGUUAUUUUUGCAGGCCUUAAUAAAUGGAUAAUCCAAAUAAUUUUUAAGGUUAAAGAACUCCUUAAGGCAUGGCAACCACAUUUAAUGAAUUCCCUUUCUCAUAAAAGGUUUGCAAAGCUAUUUCUUUGUCUAACAGUUUACAUUUUGCAUCAUUUACAUCCAUAUGUUCGCUUGCAGUUUUAUUCUUCCCUGCCUCUGUUGGUACAUUACUACAUUUCAACCUCAAAUUUUGAGCCAACAUGAACAUUUGAACUUCUAUAAUUUCAUGUAAAGAUCUACUAAUGAUGAUUAUGCUCCAAAACAGCUACUAAAUUAACUCUUUUUUCGAAUUUUUUAUUUAUUAAACAAAAUAGUACUAAA